CGUACAAAUUGUAAACCAUGCAAUCUGAAUUUAAUUUGAAUAGAAAAAGAAAAUUCCAUGCAACUAGGAUAAUGCUGUUAAAUCAUAUACAUUAAUAGGAAAAAAAAAUAUCAUCAUAUACUAUAAAUGUAGGCCUUUUUAAAACCAAUGAUUCUUUAUUUAGAAACUAUUCUUCACAUUCUCUGAAAAGGGCAUAAGCUAAAAUUGUUAAGAUGCCUCAUAGUGACUCUCUUCUACCCAAAAGAAGUACAUCGUUUCCACUACAACUUCCUGGAAAAUGGUUGAUGAACAACCAAACCAUUAAAAAGCCCUUGAAAAGCUAUGGAGAGUCAAGUAGUUAUGUACCGCGAUCUACUAAUAAUUCAUGUGUAGGAUGGGUCUUAACACUACUCCAUGAGUGUGCAAAAACGAUAUCUCAGAAAAACCCUAGUAAGUGCCAACAAAUUCUAUGGGUGUUAAAUGAGGUUGCUUCCGCGUAUGGAGAUUGUGAUCAAAGAUUAGCAUAUUACUUCUUAAAAGCCCUUUUUGCCAAAGCCAACAACUCGGGACUUCAACUCUAUAACACCCUAAAAAUCAUUGAAGAAAAGAACUAUUGCUUCGAUACAUAUGUGAAGCUUAUGUUGAAGUUCCAAGAAGUGAGUCCAUGGACAACUUUUGGUCAUGUUGCUUCAAAUGGUGCAAUAUUGGAAGCCUUAGAUGGGGAGAGCAAUUUGCAUAUAAUCGACUUAAGCAACACCCUUUGCACCCAAUGGCCUAUGUUGCUUGAGGCUUUAGCCACAAGAAAUGAUGAAACUCCACAUCUAAGGCUCACACUAGUUGUAUCUACUAGCUUAGAAACAAUCAUAAUCAAGGAGAUUACCAAAAAGAUGGAGAAGUUUGCUAGGUUAAUGGGUGUUCCCUUCAACUUUCAUGUGAUUGGUGGAUUGGAUCACCUUGGAGAGAUCAAAAAAGAAGAUUUGGGUUUACAAGAGGGUGAGGUGGUUGUUGUAAAUUGUAUUCAAGCUCUGCAAAGAGUUCGUGUGGAGAAAAGAACAGAUGUAAUUGACAUGAUUCGAUCCACCAAGCCUCGUGUUGUGACUAUUGUAGAGGAAGAAGUUGAUCUUACAUCCACAAGAAGUGACUUUGGUAAGUGCUUUGAAGAGUGCUUAAGAUUCCAUAGGCUAUACUUUGAGAUGCUAGAGGAAAGCUUUCUUCCAAUUAGCAAUGAAAGGCUCAAGCUAGAGAGAAAUAGGUCAAGAAAUAUUGUUAACUCCCUAGCUUUUGAUGAUGGUGAAAUCGAAGAGGAAUAUUGGAGGCCAGAUAAUGCUAGUCAAUGGACUAAGAGGCUCAAAGAAGCAUUUUGCCCCUUUCAUUUCAACGACGAAAUUCUAGGUGAUGUUCAAGCAUUGUUAAGACGAUAUAACACUAGUUGGAGUCUAGCUUUGCCACAACGAGAUCAUGAAGUGGGAAUACACUUAAAAUGGAGAGAUGAAACGGUUGUUUGGGCUUCAGCGUGGAAACCUAACCUUGCUCCAUCACCUCAAAAUCCAUCCUAGGGCUUUUGGCAUACUUCUACAACCAUUUCUCUCUAUUUAUGCUACUUCAAUUAUACUGUGCCUCAUUGUUUGAAGGUGGUUUAUAAUUAGUUAUUGCCUUUAUUUCUUUGGAUUGAACUAGUUUGUUUCUUCUUUUCUCUAUUACAUUAUAUUGAAGUCUAGCUAUAUAUCUUCAAACAUGAAUUAUAUAAGAACAUUCAUGUACUAUUUCACACAUGAUCCCAAA